UGGUGCCCCGCGCCGCGUCCUCGGCCAUCGAGGCUGCGCGCGAGAAGCUCGGCUCGAGGGCCCAGGAGGCGGGCGGGCCUGGCUCCGGCGGCUUCUGGGAGGCCGCGUGGAGGGAAGGCCUCACGCCCUGGGACCUGCGGGGCCCGACGCCCCUGCUCGUGCACCUGUCGCCGCAGGUGCCGGCCGGCGCUCGCUGCCUGGUGCCCGGGUGCGGCUCGGCCUACGACGCGCAGCACCUGGCCGAGGGCGGCCGCGAGGUGGUCGCCCUGGACAUCAGCAGCACCGCCUGCCUGCAGGCCGCCCCGCUCUGCCCCGACGCGGAGGUGGUCUGCGGCGACUUCUUCACGGCGGACGUCGGCACCUUCGACUUCAUCUUCGACUACACCUUCUUCCCUUCUUCUGUGCCCUGCCCCCCUCCCUGCGCGGCAGCUGGGGGGCGCGCACCUCGGAGCUGCUGA